AUGAGCACCACCUAUCAACUGUUCGACUUGGACUACAACAUCUAUGUGAUCAGGGACGAUGUAGUGGAAUUGCCUGUGGAUGCAUUUUCCGAGGUUAUGCUGGGUAUGCUUCUGCCAAAGAUGAACUUAAAAGUGAUCUCCCUCGAUGAGGCUUUGCAAGCAUUGGAAAGCUCUCAUAGUAACAUCUUGGCAUCACUCAUAUCAACAUUAUUAACUGCACAAGCGCGCAUACUAGGCCUAGAUUUUGACCUAUCCACCCAAGGGUCCAAGGUAUGGAUAUGGUGGAUCGGGCUCCCGCUCGUGGCAAACGCGAACAUCACUCGGGAUCCCGCUCACUUUGGUGUCCAAGCCCGGCAGGAAAUCUCCACCUGGACUACUCUAUUUGCAUGUUAG